AUGGCUGCUGUGGGUGGUUCCUCCAACUGCCCACCCCCUCCUCCUCCUCCUCCUCCUCCUCCCAACAACAACAACAACAACAACAAGCCGGAGAGCCCCUCCUUGCCUGACACCAGUGAACGAAGACAUGAUGCGGUCCAGGAGGUCCCUGACCUGUUUGAAGCCUCCUUGCCCGACACCAGUGAAGACACACAUGAUGAUGAAGAGGCCCCUGACCUGUCUGAAGCCUCCUUGCCUGACACCAGUGAAGACACACAAGAUGAUGAAGAGGCCCCUGACCUGUCUGAAGCCUCCUUUCCUGACACCAGUGAAGACACACAUGAUGAUGAAGAGGCCCCUGACCUGUCUGAAGCCUCCUUGCCUGACACCAGUGAAGACACACAUGAUGAUGAAGAGACCCCUGACCUGUCUGAAGCCUCCUUGCCUGACACCAGUGAAGACAGACAGGAUGAUGAUGAAGAGGCCCCUGACCUCUCUGAAGCCUCCUUGCCUGACACCAGUGAAGACAGACAGGAUGAUGAAGAGGCCCCUGACAUGUCUGAAGCCUCCUUGCCUGACACCAGUGAAGACAGACAGGAUGAUGAAGAGGCCCCUGACCUGUCUGAAGCCUCCUUGCCUGACACCAGUGAAGACAGACAGGAUGAUGAAGAGGCCCCUGACCUGUCUGAAGCCUCCUUGCCUGACACCAGUGAAGGCAGACAUGAUGAUGAACAGGCCCCUGACCUGUUUGAAGCCUCCUUUCCUGACACCAAUGAAGGCAGACAUGAUGAAGAGGAGGUCCCUGACCUGUUUGAAGCCUCCUUUCCUGACACCAAUGAAGGCAGACAUGAUGAAGAGGAGGUCCCUGACCUGUUUGAAGAACAGAUGCACAGGCAGUUUGAGAAUAUGAACCUGCUGGACCAAGUAGAGUUACUGGCACAGAGCUACAGUUUCUUGGAUCAUCUAGACGAUUUUGAUGAUGAUGAUGAUGAUGAUUUCGACGAUAUUGACAUUGAACCUGAACAGCUUCAGAUUACUGGGGACAGUGAUGAUGACCUUGAGCUUCAGGGUGCUGCAGCUGCCCCUGACCAAAUCUUUUUCACCGAUGAUGACUGCCUUGAUGACCUUCCUGAGAAGUUUGAUGGCAAUUCUGACAUGCUGGGUCCUUUCAUGUACCAGUGCCAGCUCUUCAUGGAAAGGAGCAACAGAGAUUUCUCAGUUGACCGUGUCCGUGUAUGCUUCGUGACAAGCAUGUUGAUCGGCCGUGCCGCCCGCUGGGCUACUGCCAAGUUGCAAAGAUGCACUUACCUGAUGCACAACUACACUGCCUUUAUGAUGGAGCUGAAGCAUGUCUUUGAAGACCCUCAGAGACGUGAAGCUGCCAAACGCAAGAUCAGACGUCUGCGCCAGGGCCCAGGACCUGUAGUGGACUACUCCAAUGCAUUCCAGAUGAUUGCCCAGGACCUGGACUGGACUGAACCUUCUCUGAUGGAUCAGUUCCAGGAAGGCCUCAACCCAGAAAUUCGGGCAGAGCUGUCUCGCCAGGAAGCCCCCGAUAGCCUGGCUGCUCUGAUCACUGCAUGUAUUCACAUCGAGAGAAGACUAGCCCGUAAUGCUGCUGCUACUAACAAGCCUGACUCACCGAGGGCCUUGGUGAUGCCUCCAACCAACCAGUCUGAUCCCACUGAGCCCGUGGGAGGUGCCCGCAUGCGCCUGACCAAGGAAGAAAAGGAAAGACGCCGCAAAAUGAACUUAUGUCUGUACUGCGGUAACGGAGGCCAUUUCGCCGACACCUGUCCAGCGAAAGCCUCCAAAAAUUCGCCGCCGGAACUCCCCGGCCCCGCUGUAGGGGGACCUUCAGCGACAGGGCCAGAAAGAAUAAGGUCCCCACCCUCCCAGGCUUUGACUCCGCACCUACAAGUGAUGCUCCAGAUCCAUGUCCCAGGCAGACACACCCUGUACGUCCGGGCUAUGAUUGACUCUGGUGCAUCUGGCAACUUCAUCGAUCAAGACUUCGUUAUUCAAAAUGCAAUUCCUCUAAGAAUUAAAGAAUGGCCAAUCAUGGUGGAAGCUAUUGAUGGACAUCCAAUUGCCUCGGGUCCAAUCAUUUUGGAAACCCACCACCUGAUAGUUGACUUGGGAGACCACCGUGAGAUACUGUCCUUUGACGUGACUCAGUCUCCAUUCUUUCCCAUUGUCCUGGGAAUUCGUUGGCUGAGCACACAUGACCCUCACAUUACCUGGAGCACUCGCUCCAUUGUCUUCAACUCUGAUUACUGCCGAUUUCGCUGCCGGAUGUUUUCGCAGAUACCUUCUGCUUUACUGUUUCCAGUACCACAUCCGCAAUUGCGUCAGCACAUACUUCAGCAGAUGCAGCAGCAUAUGCAUCCACAUUUGCAACAGCAUUUGCAGCAGCAUAUGCAUCAGAAUUUACAUCAGCAUCUGCAUCAGUUUCUACAUCAGGAUCCUCGUCUGUAUCUGCAUGCGGAUCUACAUCACCAUCAGCAUCCGAAUAUGCAGCAGCAGCAUCCAAAUAUCCAGCAGCAGCAGCCAGACAUGCAGCAGCAGCCAGACAUGCAGCAGCAGCAGCAUCCGGGUAUGCAGCAUCAUCAGCACCCGGAUAUGCAGCAACAGCAGCAUCCAGACAUGCAGCAGCAACAGCAGCAGCAGAAUCUGGAUAUGCAGCACCAGCUGCAGCAGUAUCUGUAUCAGUAUUUGUAUCACCAUCUAUAUCCGGUUAUGCACCACUAUCUGCAUCCGGAUCUGCAUCACCACCUGCAUGAGUAUCUGCAUCAGUAUCUGCAUCAGUAUUUGCAUCAGUUUCUGCAUCACCAUCUGCAUCCAGAGCUGCAUCAGUAUUUGUAUCAGUAUCUGCAACAGUAUAUGCAUCCGGAUCCACAUCAGCCUCCGGAUCCUCAUCAGCCUCCAGAUCCUCAUCAGCCUCCGGAUCCACCUCAGCCUCCGGAUCCACAUCAGCCUCCGGAUCCACCUCAGCCUCCGGAUUCACAUCACCAUCAGCAUCCGGAUCCACAUCACCGUCAGCAUCCGGAUUCGCACCACCGUCAGCAUCCGGAUUCGCACCACCGUCAGCAUCCGGAUCCUCACCACCGUCAGCAUCCGGAUCCUCACCACCGUCAGCAUCCGGAUCCUCACCACCGUCAGCAUCCGGAUCCUCACCACCGUCAGCAUCCGGAUCCGCACCACCGUCAGCAUCCGGAUCCACACCACCAUCAGCAUCCGGAUCCCCAUCAGGAUUCACAUCAGGAUCCUCAUCAGGAUCCUCAUCCGAAUCCCCAUAUGGAUCCACACCUGCAUGCACAGUUGCAUCCACAGUUGCAUCCGCAGCUGCAUCCACAGCUGUAUCCGCAGCUGCAUCCACAGCUGUAUCCGCAGCUGCAUCCACAGCUGCAUCCGCAGCUGUAUCCGCAGCUGUAUCAGCAGCUGCAUCCACAGCUGCAUCCACAUGCACCAUUCUUCUACCACAUGGCUGGAUUCAGAGUUUUCCACCCUUUAAGGUAUUACUAUGUCCAGAAUGUGUAUACACCUGUGGAUGAGCAUGUCUAUCCGGGUCACCGGCUGGUUGACCCUAACAUUGAAAUGAUUCCUGGAGCGCACAGCAUUCCCAGUGGGCACUUGUACUCACUGUCUGAAUCUGAAAUGGCUGCCCUGCGAAAUUUUGUGGACAGGAAUGUGAAAGAUGGGCUCAUGACUCCCACCGUCGCACCCAAUGGAGCCCAAGUCCUGCAAGUGAAAAGAGGGUGGAAACUCCAAGUCACUUACAAUUGCCGAGCUCCACAGAGUGGUACCAUCCAAAAUCAGUACUUUCGCCUGUCUCUUCCAAAUAUGGGAGACCCUGCACACCUGGCAACCUAUGCUGAACUUGUCCAGGUUCCUGGCUACUACCCACUUCCUGCCUAUGUGGUCUAUACAGGUCAUCAUAUGAUGACUGCGUGGUACCCAGUAGGACGAGAUGUACAUGGAAGAAUAAUCCUUAUGCCUGUUAUAAUCACCUGGGGUCACCGCCAGCCUCCGGUGCCCCAGUAUCCUCCUCCGCAGCCACCACCGCCGCCGCCACCACCUCCACCACCACCACCUCCACCAGCAUCAUCCUACAGUGCUGCGUAGAUACCUGUCAUGUCCUUCAUAGUCUCUGCCCUCAACUUGAUCCUGUGCAGCUUCUCAAUCAAUGACUGUGCUACUGGAUCUUCAGGCUGCCUGAGGCACAGAGACACACAGGGCAGCUUCCAUCUUGACUGCCAAUUUGUAAGUUGACAAGCCUGGGUUUUACUUGUUAAAACCUCUCACCAUCUCAAUCACAGGCUGCCAAAUGUCUUUACAAAGAAGCUGAUACAAACACAGGCCAUGCAGAUUCCUUACAGAGGGAGAGAAGAAGGAGAGGAGGACGUGACCUGCCCGUAUCCUGGGCACCUUCUGAAGGAAGCCAGACUUUUAGGUGCAGUAUGGAAAGGCUUCCGUGAUUCUCUUGCUGCACCCUAUGAAACUUCACCAUCUUCAGACUCCAUUUCAUGAUUCCGUUAAUUUUCAAGGAGCAGCAACUUGAAACACCUCAGCUUGAACAGGAAGUGCUCUCUCAGACUGACUGUGACUGUACUUUAGAGCACUGGGCAUCGUUUUGAAGAUAUGGACUUCUAAGAAUGGAAUCUCUUGCUGCUACCUUGAAUCAUUUGUCUAACCUCUGUUUGAUUCUCUACCACUACCAUUAACCCUGCUGCAGGAUUUGUCACCGGUCUGCCUGACUGCUGGGACUCCAUUUUGCUGCUAUGCAAGGAGAUGAAAGAGGCAGGCCUAAAGGAGCACGUGUUUCAACACAGUCUCCAAUUGCCUAACGCAGUUUGAGCAGCAGGACAUAACAUGUUUUUUUUUAAUCUGUCAUGAAUCUUACUGGUGAAGUUUCCUUUUUCAUCAGCAUUAUCUUUCUUAUAGUUGAAUGUUUUAAGUAGUUUAGUGGGUUGGGUUUUUUUUUUUUUUUUUUUUUUGAAUUUUAAAGUGUUGGCUAUGCUUUCAGAAUUUCUAUUGACUUACAAUUGGGCCUUUAAAAAAUCACCAAAAGAAAUUAUUCGGAUUAAUUGGCUAUUGAUUCUUGUUCAGCGGACUCAGAAAGCUUGUCAACCACUGGAUGUUUUAUAAUUACUUUUAAAUGGUGCAUUUGUGCUUCUGGUUUUUUUUGGUUUUUGGUUUUUUUUUUUGUUUUGUUUUGUUUUGUUUUUUGUGAAGCAUCACUUCAGUUUACCUCAGAUCUCAAUUCCAUCCUUCAUGCAUUUUAACUCAUUUGAUCUUCAAGCUGCAGAGGGCCUAGAAAUGGGUCAUCAUCUGCAGCCCUGGCAGGUACACACAGACAUUGCCACCACUGCAAGCAAAUAAUUGGAGAAGUUGACCACCUCAGUCAGGGAGAUCAUGCUGGUGUGAGUUCAUAGCUCACAGACGACAUCUCUGACACUGGAUUGUUCUGAAGCUUGCCAUUGACUUUUUGGCAGUGUGUACCAUGCUUUAUACUCCUAUAUACACUCUAUAAAUGUUAGGCUAAGAAUAAGUGAUCUUAAAUUUACUCUAUAGUACUGAAAUUUUGUUAAGUUUCCUUUCUCUUGAUUUAUUUUGCGUCUGUUGAUCAAUUUUACAUUGUUUAUAUUGUUUUUUCUUUCAUUGGCAUUUCCAACAAAAGGUCUUUAUUCAUUUAUUAGGAAGAAAUUGGAAUGAAGGAGAAUACAAACUAGCAAAAUUAACUAAUUGGCUAUGGGCCCAAAUUUGCAUUCCUUAUUAAUUAAAGAUGAAGGAGAUGUGAGAGUUUCUAUUGCUGGUCAUGAAGUUCACCACCAAGAGUCAGUUUAGUUUGUACCAGGAGGCAUUUGGCUGAGAGUGAUUUGAGAUGGGCAUCUGUAUGAUGCAGUCUAGACUUGUGUUUAAGUUUACAGGUACCUCUUGGACUCCUGAAUUGAUCUCACUGUCACACAUCAUUGACAUCCCACAUCCCACACAGUUCCAAGAUUGGCGACAGAGAGCAUCCUGUUGGAGAGACCUGACCAGUCACGAAGGACCACCUGCAGAAGAGUCUGCAGGAACCAUGCUACAUACUCAGCUGGAGAGGGAACACGCAUCUAAUGGGAAUGGAUUGUUUUGCUUGUUUCAGAUUUUUGCUGUUGAGUUGUUAAACAUUGCAUUGUUUUUCUUUUUUUCUUUUUUUUUUUUUCCUAUAGUCGAUUAAGAAUAGGGGAUAGAUAAUCAUAAGUAUCUUGGGCUGGGAGGGACUGUUAAGUAAUCUUAGGUGGGUGGGUAAUUUAGGAAAUUAAGUUAGGAUAAUUAAGAUAAGAUAAGAUAAGUUAGAAUAAGAUAAGUUAGGAUAAGUUAGGAUAAGAUAAGUUAGGAUAAGAUAAAUUAGGAUAAGAUACAUAAGUUAGGAUAAGAUACAUAAGUUAGGAUAAGAUACAUAAGAUAGGAUAAGUUAGCUCACAUAGGAUAAGCAUAGGAUUAGAUUACAUAGGAUAAGUUAGAUCAAAUACCUCAACAAGUGGACGAGUGUACUUAUUUGUCCCUUACCCCUACCAACUGUACCUUUAAGGCUGAGCUCAGAGGGAACUACAGGGAAAUAAAUCAGUGUUUUAGGAGUGAAUUGAAGAUGGAUAAAAUUCUAGUGAAGGACGAUUAGAGUAAUCUAAUACAGGCUCUGGGAAUUAACUCAAGGGAUUUUAAGGAUUGCCAGAUGACAGUCAUCAUUGUUGGAUAAAACUGUUGCUGGAAUAAAGCUUGUAAUGUUGGAUAAAACUGUUGCUGGAAUAAAGCUUGUAAUGUUGGAUAAAACUGUUGCUGGAAUAAAGCUUGUAAUGUUGGAUGGUAAAUAUUGAUGGAAAUUGUACGAAAAUGAAUAAAAGCUCUUUCCCUACCCCCUCCCCUCCUCUUCUCUAUAACCUACCCCCUCUUUCCGUCCCCCCUCCCUAACCUACCCCUUCUUCCCUCUUACUCAAUAGCCCACCACUCCCCUUCCUAAUCCACCACUUUUCCCUUCCCUUUCCCUAACCCACCCCCUCUUCCCUCUAUCCCUCCAAAACCCACCCCUUCUUCCGUCCCCCCUCCCUAACCCACCCCUUCUUACCUCCCCCCCUCCCAACCCCACCCUUAAAACUUAUCGUAUUCUCUUUACUAUAUUUCUUUGUAUUACUAAAAGUGUAUUGAUGUUAAAAUAAAAAUUCAAUAAAUAAAGACUUAGUGAU